GCGAAAAUGAAGUUUAUGAAGUUAGGGACAAAGCCAGACACCUUUUAUACAGAAGAGGCUACCAGGACCGUGAUUUCAGAUGCACCAAGUGACCUCAUUAUACGAGUUAACAACAUUACUUUUCUUCUUCAUAAGUUUCUACUUCUUCCCAAGUGUGGCCUCUUACAACGCCUUUGCUCUGAUGCUCAUGAUUCUAACAUUGUUACAAUAGAGCUUCACGAUAUUCCCGGAGGUGAAGAUGCUUUUGAACUGUGUGCUAAGUUUUGCUAUGGAAUAACAAUCAACCUCAGUGCCUAUAACUUUGUACCUGCUUUUUGCGCUGCUAAGUUCCUUCGGAUGACUGAAUCUGUGGAGUAUGGAAAUUUUGUUCUAAAACUUGAGUCUUUCUUCAAUUCCUGCAUUCUCGAAGGCUGGAAGGACUCCAUUGUCACACUACAGAACACAAUCAAGUUACCUGAGUGGUCAGAGAAUCUUGGAAUCAUUAGAAGAUGCAUCGAUUCAAUUCUUGAGAAAAUCCUCACGCCCCCAGCAAAGGUCUCAUGGUCAUACACAUAUACUAGACCAGGGUACACCCAGAAACGCCACCAGUCUCCACCAAAAGAUUGGUGGACAGAAGACAUAUCCGAUCUAGACAUAGACCUUUUCAGAUGUAUAAUCACAGCUGUUAGAUCAACAUAUAUGCUGCCAACACAACUUAUUGGUGAAGCUUUACAUGUUUAUGCCUGUCGUUGGCUACCAGACACCACAAAGAAUAUAUCUCCAGAGAGUUUAGCUUCUCAAACAGAAGAAACGUUAGAAAAGAAUCGCCGAAUUCUUGAAACAGUUGUGAGCAUGAUUCCAGCUGACAGAGAAUCAGUUUCAGUUGGGUUUUUGCUUAGACUCCUUAGCAUUGCUAAUUAUCUAGGAGUUUCUCCAGUGACAAAGACAGAACUGAGAAGGAGAGCUAGUCAGAAACUUGAGGAGGCAACCAUUAAUGACCUACUAUUUCCUUCACACUUAUCCUCUGAUCAGCAUCUUUAUGAUAUUGACUUGGUUAUGGCUGUCUUAGAAAGUUACAUGGUGGUAUGGAGAAGACAAUCCCCUGCAUCUGCAGAUAACAGCGAGAGUUUGAGAUCUAUUAGAAAGGUUGCAGAACUAAUUGACUCUUAUCUUCAAGUUGUUGCAAGGGAUGUCAACAUGCCUGUAUUCAAAGUAAUAUCUCUUGCUGAAGCAUUGCCAGAAAGUGCCAGGGAAGAGCAUGAUAACCUUUACAAGUUCAUUAACAUAUAUCUCAAGGAGCAUCCUGGAUUAAGCAAAGCAGAAAAGAAGAGGCUGUGUCGAAUUCUAGACUGCCAAAAACUAUCUCAAGAGAUAAGAGCCCACGCGGUAAAAAACGAGCGGUUACCACUGAGAACAGUAGUGCAAGUCCUUUUCUAUGAACAGGAGGGCGGUUCGAGGGGAAGUGGGCAUGAUAAGUAUAAGACGGCACCUCAGGGCCAGGGAAAAAUUGAUCAUUAUAUGAGUAAGUUAAAAUUGGGUCCAGAAGAUAAAUUCUCUGAAACAAGCGAGAAAGUGAUGAAAAGAAUAGAUGGAAAGUUGCAGGUGGAGAGGAGAGAUAUUGAAGAAAUUGAAACAGAAAGUAGAAGAGAAGGAAAUUCUGGAAGGAAGUUGGAUACAAUUCCAAUAACUAAGAAAUCAAGUAAGUCAUCAGACCAUGGGCGAGACAAAGGGAGAGACAGAUAGAAUGUUUGCAUAAACUGUAAUUUGUGUUCGAUUAAAAGCUUUUUUU